AAAAGCCAUAAGAUUCUAUUCCUUUCUUCUCUCUCGACUCAAUCUCCAGCUUAUAAAAACCCUAAACCAAAAUGAGCUCCUUCACGAACAGUACCAGCAAUUUUGAUCCUCUCUUGUUUCAGACCCUGAUGGGUCGCCUUCAAAUCAGGCCGCCAAACGGCAACGUUUCAAGUCCUUACCUAUCUCAGCAGUCGCUUGAAGACCUCCUUUUAGACGCAGCUAAUCUCUCGGAUUCUUCAACCGAUGAUGACUUAAACAGAACCCAACUCUCCAAAGAAGAAUCGAAGCUCGAAAAACAGAUAAUCAAGAUCAUCCUCUCCGGCGAGAUCGAAUCGCUUAAACCCAACUCGGGCCAAGCUGUAACGAUUGGGGAACACCACAUCUGUGUUGGAUAUCACGAGGAAAAGGAUUCGGAGUAUCGGGUCUGGGAGUGGCACGGACAUUUAAUGCUUUUUGAUGAGGAGAAUGGAUACUCGCCAGAGUAUAUUUAUGGGAAUUAUUUUGAGAGGUUGCAGGGUAAAGUGACACGUGGCAGUGGCGUUGUUGAAAAGGAGAAAGCAGAUAAGGAGGAAGAAGAAGAGGAAGUGAAAGUAGGGAAUUUCGGGUUGAGAGAACUGAUUGAUAGUACGGAUACGAAUGCGGGUCGGAUCCUUCAUCGAAACAUGAAUAAGAGUUCUCCAAGGUUUUAGAUAAGAUGUCUGGUUUUGGGCAGCACAAGAGGGUUUUAGUUUUAAACUGGAUGGCUGUUCACAGUGCCUAUGGUGAAUUGCUAACUGAAAGAUUUGAGGCAGCAGUCAGGGAUUUACAGCCAACCAACGCGGAGAAGUUUCAGUGUUUCUCUUCUGGUGUCUUUUAUAGUCUCCAUAUUUGAAUUUCAGAUGUUGGUUUUGUAUGAUGAGACUGGUCUCCUGAUUGAAGAGCUGAAUAAAUGUCAUACAAUAAAACUCUGUGUUCCCAGUUUUGAAUACUUAAUUGGAUGUUUAGAUAAUGUGUUAUUA